AUGGCUAAUAAAAAAAACCAAAAAAGAUAUACCGGCAAAAAAAGGCUAAGUGGCAGUGCACUUGUACAUCGACGUUACAAUAAAACUAACAAAUCAAAACAAUUUAUCUUGGAAGACACUUCUAAUAAUGUAUUAUCGAAAUCUGGUAAUUUAAUUGACAAUCAACCAAGUACAUCAACAUGCUCAUACAUUCACUCAUCGCCAUUGGUAAACUUAUUAGUAAAUGAUACUUCUAUGACUGGCAUUAGUUAUUUAAGUCCGAUUGAAAAUGUAUUGUUAAAAGAGGAUAAUAAUUUAGAUAUUAUGGAAUCUCAUAAAUUAGCUGUUGAUACAGAAGCAGAAGAUUUAUGUAACGAAAAUGUAUUGUGUGAAGAUAUCAAUUUAGAAUCAAUUAUAGAAUCUCAUAAAUUAGCCGUUGAUACUGAUACAGAAACUGAAAAUUUAUAUAACACUGAAACACACAAUGAAAUAUCUGGGAAUAGAAUUGUUGAUAUAUCUUAUGUAUUCAAUCAAAUUCAGAAUAAUAAUCACAAUGGUGGAUUCGGAUGUAAUUUUAUGAAUAUGGAUUUUUUAUAUGAGAUUCGUUUAGGAUUUUAUUCUGAAUAUUGGUUUAAUUGUAAAAUGUGUAACAUAAAACAAAAAAUAAAAUCCGUGAAAAAUUCACCUACAACUGACUGGUCAAUUAAUAAAUCUGUAGUCAACAGUUCAAUAGCUAUCGGUAUUGGCUAUACUCAGGUAAAUGAAUUUUGUGCUGGAAUAGAAAUACCAUCAAUGGCUCCUAACUCAUAUAUUAGUAUUGAAAACAUUUUACAAAAAGAAAUCAAAAAUACAGCUUGGGCAGAAAUGCAAAAAGCCGGUGAAGAAGAAAAAAAAAUAGCUUUGGAUUUAGGUAAUGUUGAUACAGAUGGCGUCCCUCUAAUAACCGUUGUAGCUGAUGGGCAGUGGUCUAAAAGAAGCUACAAAACAAAAUAUGACGCUUUUUCUGGAGUAGCAAGUAUAAUAGGCUUCCAAACUAAAAAAAUCCUAUUUGUUGGUGUACGCAAUCGUUAUUGUGUAAUAUGUGAGAGAGCAAUAAAUAAAAACACUACAACACCAGAUCAUGUUUGUUUUUUAAAUUGGAAACAAGGAGCUACUAGCAUAGAAGCCGAUGCUAUAGCAGAAGGGUUUAAAAACAGUAUAGAGAUGCACGGUGUAAAAUUCUCUAAAUUAAUUGGUGAUGGAGACAGUAGUGUCACAAAAAGAUUACACGAAAUACUUCCCUAUGGACAAAUGUUAAGAGUUGAAAAAAUAGAAUGCAGAAAUCAUUUAUUGCGCAACUAUUCACAAAAAAUGAUGUCCUUGACUAAAAGAACCGAAUUUCCAACUGAAAUCCGAAAAAAAAUAUCAAACAACAUAAUAAGGAUGCGAACAGAUAUAACUUGUGCUAUUAAAUUUAGAAAAGCUGAAGACAAGCCUUUACAUCAAAAAAUUGCUGGCCUCAAAUUUGAUAUUGCUAAUGCUCCUAAUCAUCGAAUAUUUGAUAUUCAUGAAAACUGCUCAUCAUAUUUUUGUGAUAAAAAGUCAAUACAAUCAAAUAAUAAAAUAAAAAACCAGGACAUUUCUCGGGAAAUUGAAAUAGUUGUGUCUCGUUUAUCUAACAAUGCCAAGAGCUUACUAUUAGAUGUAGACAAUAAUAUAUGUGAACAAUUCAACAGCGUUAUCAAUAAAUUCUUAGGAGGAAAAAGAAUUAAUUUUACACAAAAAAGUUCUUAUAGUACCCGUGUUUAUGCUGCUGUUGUCAGUUUUAAUUCCUCGGAAUAUUUGAAAACAGUACGAAAAAACAUAACACAAAUGAGUCCAGGAGUCGUCGGUAAAAAAUUUUUAAAAAGAGCAUUAGAAAAAAGAUAUACAUGUCAAAAAAAAAGAAAAGUUUUGUCAAAUAAAAAGUCAAAUCUAAAACCUAAACGAUUGAAUUUUAGUAAAAAAGCUGACGAGAAUUAUGGAAAUGCAGACAAAUUAGACAUUCUAAAAGACAUAAAAUGUAUAGAGUUUGUGAAUGAAAUGAAUCAAUUUGUCAAAAAACUAGGGGAAGUUGAUCGUAUUAAAAUUGAACGAGAGACUAGAGAUCAAGCUGAUAAUGAUAUUUGGAAACGAGAAAGACUUUGCAGACUUACAGCUAGUAAUUUCGGUCGUAUUUGUAAGAUGCGUGCAAAUACUAGCUGUAAAAGUACAGUUUAUUCAAUUUUAUAUUCCAGUUUUACCUCUAAGUCAGUUCAGUAUGGCAGAGAUAUGGAAGGGGUUGCUAAAAUGAAAUUUGAAGAAAUUUAUGCAGGAAUUCAGAUUAAACCUUGUGGUUUAUUUAUAGACACAGAAUUUUCAUUCCUAGCUGCAAGUCCCGAUGGAAUAAUUGACGAAAAAACCAUAGUAGAAAUUAAAGCUCCAUACUCAGCCAAAAACAGCCAAAAUGCAAUUGAGGCUGUCGAGAGUGGUAAAUUACCUUACUGUAAAAUUGAGAACGGACAAUUAAAAUUAAAAAAUAAUCACAACUACUUUUAUCAAGUGCAAGGUCAACUUCACAUUUCAAAAAGAGAAGUAUGUUAUUUUAUUAUAUAUUCUCCUCAGUGGAUAUCGGUUGAGAAAAUAAAGUAUGAAAAUAAUUUUUGGAUUACGAAAAUGAAAGACAAAUUAAAAACAUUUUAUUUGGAUUGUUUGCUUCCGGAGAUUGUAGAUCCAGCUUAUAAAUAUCGCUUGAUGGUUUCAGAUAUUAGGGAAUCAAACAAAGUGGAAGUAUUAAAAAAUAAAAUUAAUACGUAA